AAGAAAUAAUAGAAUCGUGUCUCUUAAUUUUUGUUUUUGCUGAUAGCGUUUUUUUUCGGCGAACACUCAACUUAUCUAAAGUGGUGCGGCGCGUUUAAAUUGUCCGAUCACCAAGCAAGCCUUGCCACUGCUAAAAUGUUGUCUAAUGAAGCUAUUUCCAUAAUCUAUUUAGUAGCUGCGAUUUGCAGCUGCUGGAGUUUACAGGAGACGCAAGAAAAGGUUGGCGGUGGGAAAUUAACCAAAUUCACCUAUUUGGACAAAACAUAUGAGAUACAAGGACGCAAGACCAAUUGGUAUGAUGCUAAAAUAGACUGCGCUCUGAAAGGUCAAGAACUUUUAAGCGUUGAGACCUAUGGAGAGCACGCUAGUGUGCAAAAUGAAAUGAAAAAAGCUGGCUAUGGGGACGAGGGCUUUUGGACUUCUGGAUUCGCGUACGCCCUGUUUGGCUAUGCUAGCCAGGAAUUCUAUUGGGACUCGACUGGGCACAAUUUGGGACCGUACGAAACAUGGGAAUAUAACGAGAGGCCAAGCAAUUUGACGAUGGACACAUGCGUUCUCAUAAGUGACGCGUACACAGUUUACUGGGAUGUCACCAAUGAUACAGACACCUGCCAAAAUCUUAACUUGUGGUACAUUUGCGAAACCCUCACUCAGCCGACUAUACCACAAGAACUAUUUGAAGAGUCGUCAGACAGUCGAAGAUUUGAAUUUGACGGCACAUAUUAUGAAAUAUCGGAACUAAUGCUUGAUUGGUUUGGAGCAAAAUAUGACUGUCGUCGCCGAGGUAUGGAACUGCUCAGCAUUGAAUCAGCUGCCGAGAAUGAUGCAAUUUACAAUGAAAUCGCUCCAUAUGAACAGGAUUUUUGGAUAUCAGGAUGGAGAUUUAAAAACCUCUUUUAUUGGGACUCUACGGGUCACGGUGUUGGCCCAUAUGAGAAUUGGGCACCAGGCUAUCCCAUCGACUUCUCAGAAUCUAAUUGUAUUGUAAUCAAACCAAGAUACAAUUACACAUGGCAAAACUUCAAAUGUGCGGGUGGUGCGGGUGGAACCACAAUGAAACGAUAUAUCUGCGAAUAUUAAUUAGUUGUGCCUUAAAUAAAAAUAUAAGUUUUCUUUAAAAACAGAGAACAUAAUGUUAUACUAUAUUUUUUUUAAUAGAUUACAUUAUAAACUAAAAAAAAGUUUAAUCUAGAGCAAUUAAUGAAAUUAAUUAUUUUGUGUUAAUUUUUAAUGUAGCUUUUAGAAAAUAGGCAAAACAAUGUACAAAGUACAUUAGCGUUAUUAAAAUAAAAAUAGGUUAUUUACGUAAUUUGAGGCCAAUAAUUCAUAAACUGUAUGCGUCCAUUUAUAAAUAAAUAAGCAGACACGUCUAAAAUACGGUUGU